AUGAAGCGUGCAGCAGAGAGAAUCAUCGGUCCCAAAGGAGGCGCAUGGGAUGUGUUUAUUGGCCUGGAGGUGCACGCUCAAAUUCGGCUUCGCUCGAAGCUUUUCUCGAGGUCCCAAGCAGCAGCACCCAGCGAGCAUGACGAGCCUAACUCCAGGGUGAGCCUGUUCGACGCCUCCUUCCCAGGCACCCUGCCCGUGCUAAACGCCUCGGCUGUCGACCAAGCCGUCAAAGCCGCUCUCGCCCUGGGCUCCACAGUGCACCGCCGCAGCGUCUUCGAGCGCAAACACUACUUCUACAGCGACCUCCCCCACGGGUACCAGAUCACGCAGCAACGGCACCCGAUCGCGACCGGGGGCUCGCUGCCGCUCAUCUUCGACCCGGCGGGACCGACGAAGCCGAAGGCCGGGGGCGCCGCCAAAGCGCGCUCCGCUGACGAGCUCCAAGGUGGCAGCAACGACCCAGGCUUUCAUGUGCCUGCCAUCGGUAUCACUCGCAUCCAGCUAGAGGUUGACUCCGGCAAGAGCCUCCAUGACAGAAAGGGGGAGGGCGCUGAGAGAAGCCUGGUCGAUCUCAACCGCGCGGGCACCGCUCUUAUGGAGAUUGUCUUCGAGCCGGAGAUACGGAGCGCGGCCGAGGCCGGCGCGGCGUUGCGAUCCCUGCAGCUGUUCCUGCGUAGGGUCGGGGCUUGCGACGGCAACAUGGAGGACGGAUCGAUGCGGUGCGACCUCAACGUUUCCGUCAGACCGGCGGGAACGGAAGGGCUAGGGGAGAGGGUGGAGGUGAAGAACAUGAACAGCGUGCGGCAUCUCAUGACGGCGGCUGCAGCGGAGGCGGUGCGCCAGGCGCGGCAGCUCGAGAUGGGCGAGGGGCCGAUCGAGAGGGAGACGAGGGGAUUCGACGUGUCAAAGGGAGAGACGAUCCACCUCCGACGAAAGGAGGGAUCGGUCGACUACCGCUUUUUUCCGGAGCCGGACCUUCCCCCCCUUGUUGUCACCCACGAGCACGUCGAAGCGCUCAGGGCGACGCUGCCCGAGCUGCCCGAGGCGACGAUGGCGAGGCUGUCCGCGGAGUACGGGCUCGCGGAGCACCUGAGUCGGUUGAUCGUGUGUGCCGCGGGAGGGGCUUCAGAUUACUACGAGGACCUCGUGAAUGGCACAGGUAGAGAGAGGGGUCACGCAGCUGGCGAAGGCAGCGGUCCGUACCGACGAGACCCCAAAGUGGCCGCUAACUGGCUCUCCAACAACCUGUUCGGCCUCCUCAAAGAUCAGCUGGGUAGCGGCGACAGCGAUGAAGGGGGCCUCGAGAGACGUCUCCCGGCGGAAAGGCUGGGAGGCUUGCUCGACCUCCUCUCGGAGGGGACGAUCUCCAGCCAGACGGCCAAGACCGUGCUCCGCGAAAUGGUGCUGGAGGACCAUUCUAGCACCGCGAUGGAGAUAGUCGAAGCGAAGGACCUGAGGCAGAUCACGGACCAAGCGGAAAUCGAGUCCCUUUGUCGAGGGAUAGUGCAAGACCCGCGGCACGCCAAGCAGCUGGCCAGCUACAGGAGUGGAAAAGCUAACCUGUCCAAGUUUUUCAUGGGGCAAGCGUUCAAAGCCACGAGGGGGAGGGUCGACGGCAAAGUUGUUGAGACGUCCGUGAUGAAGCUGCUUCAGCAACCGGAACCUCCUGCUGCAAAUCCAUAG